AUGGCUGAGGUCGAGCACAUUACCGCCGACAACGACAGUGCCAUCGAGCUCUCGCGAACCACCAAGCGCGUCGCCUUCACCGACCCCAUCCACAGCGAGAUCCCUCCACCGCCCCUAACCUGGCCACAGCGCAUUGAAUGCAUACUAGCGACAAUGCCGUCUUGCUGCGUGGCUUGCAUGUUUUGGGAAUGCUGCGAUGACGACGAUGCUGGUUCUUCGACGGUACUGAGCCACGCCUCGCCAGCACCGCGAUCCCCCCCGGACGAUUCAUCCCUCCUCCCUCGAGACCAUGCGAAGCCUUACAAAGGCGACUUGACCUACUUCGGCGCACCGACAGGCAGGGAAAUGUGCGGUUACGAAUGCUCAGGGCUGUUUGCCGCGGUGCACCCAGCCUGGUUCACAGUAUUCAGCAUUCCCGAAAAGAGCUACCCAGAAGAUCCUAUCUGCGGCAGGAAGAUCAUGGCAUGGACAGCGAAGGGCAACGUAACAUUGGAGGCGUGCGGGAUGUGCGAUCACUGCAAAAAGUCGACAGACUUGGACGUCUCGCCGGCCUCUUUCUCCAUGCUUGGGAGUGUUACAGAGCGGAGGAUAUCGAUGGAGUGGAAGUGGCUUUGA